GUGGGAUAGUAACAUCUUUUUGGACAAAGAGAAUUGCCUUCCUUUCCUGAAAGUGGCAAAUGUACAAGAGAUAGCUGCAUAGGAGGAACCGUAUUCAGAUGGCUGACUUUCUACAUUUUGUAUUAGAAAGCAAAAUCGGUUGAUCUUGGAAAAAGAAGAUAUUAAAAAAUUUACAUUUCCAUCACGAAUAAGAGCUUGACCGUCUACGUUUUUCAUCUGAAGACCAGAGAACAAUGGAUAUCAUAGAGACAGCCAAACUUGAAGAACAUAUGGAAAAUCAAACCAGUGACCCUACAAACACGUACACAAGACCCGCUGAACCUGUUGAAGAAGAAAAUAAAAAUGGCAAUGGUAAACCUAAGAGCUUAUCCAAUGGGUUACGAAAGGGUACCAAAAAGUACCCAGACUACAUCCAAAUUGCAAUGCCCACUGAAUCGAGGAACAGAUUUCCCCUAGAGUGGUGGAAAACAGGCAUUGCCUUUGUGUACGCUCUCUUCAAUCUGGUCUUGACAACUGUCAUGAUCACAGUUGUACAUGAAAGGGUCCCUCCUAAGGAGCUCAGCCCUCCACUCCCAGACAAGUUUUUUGAUUACAUUGACCGGGUGAAAUGGGCAUUUUCUGUAUCAGAAAUAAAUGGGAUUAUAUUAGUUGGAUUGUGGAUCACCCAGUGGCUGUUUCUGAGAUACAAGUCAAUUGUGGGUCGCAGAUUCUUUUUUAUCAUUGGAACUUUAUACCUGUAUCGCUGUAUUACAAUGUACGUUACUACUCUCCCUGUGCCUGGAAUGCAUUUCCAAUGUGCUCCAAAGCUCAACGGGAACUCUCAGGCAAAAGUAGAACGGAUUCUACGGUUGAUUUCUGGUGGUGGAUUGUCCAUAACUGGAUCACAUAUCUUGUGUGGAGACUUCCUCUUCAGUGGGCAUACUGUUGUGCUGACACUUACUUAUUUGUUCAUCAAAGAAUAUUCGCCUCGUCACUUCUGGUGGUAUCAUUUAAUCUGUUGGUUGCUGAGUGCUGCUGGAAUCAUCUGCAUUCUUGUAGCACACGAACACUACACUGUCGACGUGAUCAUUGCUUAUUAUAUCACAACACGGCUCUUCUGGUGGUACCAUUCAAUGGCCAAUGAAAAGAACUUGAAGGUCUCUUCACAGACUAAUUUCUUGUCUCGGGCAUGGUGGUUCCCCAUCUUUUAUUUUUUUGAGAAAAAUGUACAAGGCUCAAUUCCUUGCUGCUUCUCCUGGCCACUAUCUUGGCCUCCUGGUUGCUUUAAAUCAUCCUGCAAAAAGUAUUCACGGGUUCAGAAGAUUGGUGAAGAUAAUGAGAAAUCUACCUGAGGAGCAAAACAAAGGCAUCAGCUCUUAAACCAAAAGAGUUAGCGCUGUAACCAAAGGUAUAGUUUUGUUUUUUUACUGUAGGAGAACUGACUGAUAAAUGAAGAAAUGGACCAAAUUGUGUGAAAAUGAUGAAAAAAAAAAAAAAUGGACAGAGUAUUAUCCCUUGAGUUGUUUUUAUUCCUUCUGAGAACUGUAAUUCUCCUGCAGCUCUUCAUUCAUUGGUGACAAGCCCACACACUGGGAUUUUACUAAUGAACUUGUUAAAGAGGUGCCAAAGAACAUAUUAUUUCUUUCCUCAUUCUUUCUCCAGAAAUGAGCCCCUCUACUUCAGAAUGUUGUUGGAAUUAUUAUUAUAUUUUUUACUCCCAAGGUCAGAAGAAUGUUAAUGUUUUAAAUAAAGUAUCUGGAUCUAUACA